GUCUCUGGGAAUAGAAUCGCGGGAUGGGUACGGGGUGGCUUGGAAGUAGUUGGCUCCGUCCGGCCCGCGGGCGAGUCCGGAACACAGUUACCCACCCCUGUUACCCACCAGAAAGCAAAGGGAAGGGAACACGCCAGACCGGAAACGGAAGAGAAGGGGGGAUGUGUUUGGCUUGGGGACGCACUGUUUCAGUUGCGCUCCUGGUUAGCUCUGUGUCUACGGGGUGUUUCCUAGAGUCUCGGUGUUUCUACCUCUUAGCACCCUUUCUUGCCACCCUUUGUCCUGUGGAAGGCCGGAGACAUCAGCGGCUGCAAUUGUGCUACUCGCUGCUCGGCAUGGAAGGGUCAGAAAUGAGCCCCUGAGUCCUGAGUUGGUGGCAGCUGCAUCUGCUGCCCUCUUUUGACAAACAAGCCAGAGCUGCUCAGGCAGCUCCGUAGCAUGAGGAAGAGUCGGGCACAGAGAGGUGGAGAAAGACCUAAAAUUAGG